ACCAACUAACCAUGUUGUGGUCAUUGUGCAUUGAUGCGAUGAGUGCAUCUGCCCUUCUGUCCUCCCACCUCAACAACAAUCACGCAUCGCCGUCUUCCUCUGCGUCUCUUCCCUCGCUCUCGUCUCCUAACUCCUCCCAUCCAGCCUCAGUCGGUGCCUCCUCAGACGAGUGGCUCAUCUCUACUCUGUCGUCUCUUUGGUUCACUGAGCAACGGGACAGAGGAGCAGCCUUUCGCCUUGGUGCAGAAUGCCUUUCGGGGGAGGAAACAAGUGCGGCUGUUGCCAGAAAACCGUCUACUUCGCUGAGGAAGUGCAGUGCGAGGGGAAGAGCUGGCACAAAUCCUGCUUUCUGUGCAGUAGUGGUGUGUAAGAAGAACCUGGACAGCACGACGGUGGCCGUUCACGUGGACGAGAUCUACUGCAAGUCGUGCUACGGCAAGAAGUACGGCCCCAAAGGCUACGGCUUCGGCGGAGGCGCCGGCACGCUGAGCAUGGACGCCGGCGAGGGGCUGGGAAUCAAGCCUGACGCACCGGCGCCCCAUCGGCCGACCAACAACCCCAACGCCUCCAGGUUCGCCCAGAAGGCCGGCGGCUCGGACGCCUGUCCCCGAUGCGGCAAGGCGGUGUACGCGGCGGAGAAGGUGAUCGGAGGAGGCAACUCCUGGCACAAAGCCUGCUUUCGCUGUGCCAAGUGCGGCAAAGGCCUGGAGUCCACCACCGUCGCCGACCGAGAUGGAGAGAUCUACUGCAAAGGGUGCUACGCGAAGAGCUUCGGCCCCAAGGGCUUCGGCUUCGGUCAGGGCGCGGGAGCCCUUGCCCACUCCCAGUAAAGCCUGGGGCCGCGCCCGCCUGGAUCCCAACAUAUCACCGCUACAGGCGCUACAGCAGCAGCCCAGUCAGAGUAACAGUAGAUACUAGAAGCAAUACUAGAACAGAGUCCGGCAAAUGUUACAUCUGAUUAACAUCUGUGUGUGUGUGUGUGUGUGUGUGUGUGUGUGUGUGUGUGUGUGUGUGUGUGUGUGUGUGUGUGUGUGUGUGUGUGUGAGCAACAACGAAGGGAUCACGCUCCAGUCUGAGUCUGUUUCGCUGCCUAACAUGUCAAACUGUGUACACGCACCCCGUCCUAAAAUAUGCAUCGUUACUGAGACACAAUAAAUAUCAGGCGACAAGA